UCUUACCUUCUUUUUAAGUUGGUGAUGUCUAUCCAUGUUGGGGCGGAAGCAAUCCCACCCCAACCCACAGAACCACUCCCACCCCAACCGCCGCAAGCCCUCCAACAACAACCGGCUCCUCAUCAUCCAAGGCAACGGAGGCGUGCAAGGCCACCAAUAUUCCGUACCCGUGUCCUUCUUUUUGGGAUGCCUGAUGAUGUGGUUUUGCGCAGAUACAGGCUGCCACCUCAUCUAAUCCUAGACACUCUCUCCAUAAUAGAGAGUGAUCUAGAACAAUCCAUUAGGUAUCCUACAGCAAUACCAGCAUUGACACAAUUCCUUGCUGUGUUACAUUUUGUUGCCACUGGUUCAUACCAGCAUGUGGUGGGAGAUCUGGUUGGCAUGUCGCAGGGCCAGUUUAGUAAGGUCCUGCGGCAUGUCAGCCAGGCUUUCAUUAAGCGAGUUAAGCAAUUUAUUGCUAUGCCUUUGGAUGUUGGUGCCCUAGAUGUGGUGAAGCGGCAAUUUGAGGAAGGUGGUAGUCGCUUCCCACAUGUUAUUGGGGUUGUGGAUGGCACACAUGUAGCUAUUGUACCACCAAGACAUAAUGAAGAAAUUUAUAGAAACAGGAAACUGUUUCAUUCUCUGAAUAUAAUGGUUGUUUGUGGGCCAUCCCUCCAGAUCCUGUCCCUGAAUGCUAAGUUCCUGGGGAACUCCCAUGAUGCCCAUGUCAUUAGACAAUCAGGGAUAUGGCAGAGAUUAAGAUCGAUGGAAGGACAAGACAUGUGGUUAUUGGGAGACCGUGGAUAUCCUUGCACCCCCUGGUUCAUGACUCCUUACAGUAAGCCCAGGCCAGGACCACAGACGGCAUUUAACUCCGCGCUUACUGCCACUAGACAGCUGGUGGAGCGCACGAUUGGUGUCCUUAAAGGCCGCUUUCGUGUGCUCCACCGCACUGGUGGCGACAUCAUGUAUUCGCCGGAGAUGGUAAGUAAAAUUGUGGUCCUGUGCGCUAUCCUACAUAACAUCGCUGUAAGGAGUCGCGUGGAGCUUCCUCAAACAGAGGAAUUGCCUGAUGAGGAGCCAAGGGUUGGUUGGCGAGUCGGUGGGGGGAGUGUUUCCUGGAGGGGAAACCAAGUAAGGACACGCAUUGUUCGUGAUUAUUUCAGCUGAUUGUUCCUGCCAAAUGUGAUGGUGCCGUUGGAGAUCCCACAAGCCUGGCAGGCAUCGUUGGCCGGAUCCAGGCUCAUUUGGAGGCCAUGUUGGCCGAAGUACAUAAUUUACAAAAUUUAAUUAAAAAAAAAAGUUUACAGUUUAUAAAAAACAUAAAAAUUACAAAAAUUUUUUGACAAAAUAAAAAAUAUUUUUGCUCCGUUAA